CGUGGGAGGGGUGUGGGGUGUCGGGUCCCAUGGAGGGUACCUGGGCCCCUUUGGGGUGUUGUUGUGGCACAGCAGGCUGGGGUGCCUGGGGAGGGCCCAGGCAAGCGGCCGCUUUCGCCUUUCUCCCUCCCCUGCCCUGGGCAGCCUGCUGACUCCAGCCUGGUGCUCCUCCCUGCCCAGGGUGCAUGUCCAGCAUGUCACUUCCACCAGCCUGCUCCUGCAGCAGCUCCAGCAGCCCUCUAGCCAGCAGCAGGGGAAGGAUCUCAUCAGCCUGGCCACCUUCAGCUCCCAUCCAGCAACAAGUGGCUAUCGUGCCGACGAUGAGGAAGAGGAGGCCGUAAUUGGCUGGCAAGAAAAACUCUUCAGCCAGCCUUUGUGCUUUCUCUGUGCUGUUCAGUUUGAGGUGGAUCUAUAUCAACAUGAGUCAGCCUGUCAGACCCCCUUGGACCGGCAGUACCACCAGGAAAUCCUGAAGUUAGAGAGGUCAGGGGGCCGGAAGAACCACCGCAUCUUCACCUACACAGACCAUGACCGAUUCACCAAUCUGGAGGAGCACUGUCAGAAAGUGACCAGCUCAGAGCAGGAAGUGCCAUCGUUCCUUGCAGAGAGGAUGGCCAAUUUAAGGAGAAGAAGGCAGGACCACAGAGCAAUGGAAGGAGGUGUUCUGAAGUCCCGAGUCAUCACCUGGGAGCCCUCAGAAGAAUUUAUUAAGAAUAACCACGUCAUCAACACCCCUGUUCAGACCAUGUACAUCAUGGGAGACUUGGGACCAUAUGGGAAGCUCGGCCACAGGGAGUAUGAACGCGUUCUUUGCACAAUCAAGGUGGAUGGCAAUGGAGUGAUCAUAGUGAAGCCCGAUUUCACAGGCACUAAAGGUGCUUACAGGAUUGAGCUGGAUGGAGAGAAGCGAGAGCUGUGGAGAUACACCAUUGAGAACACCUCAGCCCAGGCACAGCGAGAGGAAGAGGAGCGGGAGCAGCGCAUGUUCAGGGAUUUGUAUGGUCGGCACAAGGAAUAUCUCAAUGGCCUUGUUGGCUCAGACUUUGAAAUGACUCGUCCUGGUGAACUUCGUCUGUUUGUGAAUGGAGAGAUAGUUUCAGCUCAGGGCUACGAGUAUGACCGUCUCUAUGUUCAUUUCUUCCUCGAGUUGCCCAGCCGUUGGUCAAGCCCAGCAUUCCAGCAACUCUCUGGUGUGACGCAGACAUGUGCCACCAAGACCCUACGCAGGGACAAUGUGGCACACUUCUCCUACCCCUUUACUCUGGAGAUGUUUUUCACCCAAGAGGAUGAGUCAGAAGGCUCUCUUCCACAGUGGCCUGUGAUCUAUUUUGAGGUUCUCUCGCUGGAUUAUUGGCAGAGGUAUCGUGUUGAAGGCUAUGGAUCUGUGGUGCUGCCAGCAGCUCCAGGAUUCCACACCCUGAUAGCCCCCACCUGGCGACCCAUUGAGCUGAGUCUGGUCUCUGAGCUGAGGCGGUUUUUCAUUGGUGGGUCCCCUGAACUGGAGGACUUGACCUACAUCCGGGUGCCAGGAACCUUCACGCCUGACACUGCUGACUGCAGGCAGGGGCUGCUCCGACUUGUGCUUUUCCCACAGGGAGAGCGCCUGAGCCGCUUUGGCUUCCGUACAGAGACGACAGGGAGCGUCACGUUCCGACUCCACUGCCUGCAGCAGUCCAAAGCCUUCCUGGACUCCAGUGCCCUGAGGAAGCGCAUGCAGAGUGUGCUGGACCGGCUCGGAGGCUUCAGCCAGCAGAGCUCCCUCUUCAGUGUCCUGGAGGCAUUCCAGAGGGCGCGACGCCGCAUGCAGGAAGCACGUGAGAGCCUCCCCCAGGACCUGAUCAGCACCUCGGCCUCCACUGUGCAGCAGCCAUGAGCAGGGAGCUCCCAGCAGCUCCACUGGCACCAGGUCUGGCUGAGUGCAGCAGCCUCUCUCUUCUAAUAGCACUUCAUGCAGCAAGUCUCAGCUCCAGCUGCUCCCGGCUCUGCAGGUGCCUCCAUUGCCCAGUUCCUGGCCCCUUGUGUCCCUGCUUGCCCCAGUAGAGGGGACGGUGUCAGGUCCAGGCAGAGCCACUCCCCGACAGAGAGCUGGGCAUGCCCAGCACUGUCUGGGUCCCUGCAUGGCAGGGUAAUGAGUUGCCAGGCUGGCCCUGGGCUGAUGGCCGAGCACUCCAUACAUGAUUGGUAUAAGGUAAAGCUCUGGCUUUCACUUUGCCCAUGGGAGGGAUUCAGAGGGCCUCCCAAAGCUGGGAGGUAUGGUCAGGUAGCACCUUGUUUCUUCUAAUGUAGUGCCCAAGUGAAGUUUCACAUACCACCCUAGAUAAGCAUAAGCAAGUCCCUCCCCUGCUCUCCCAGCAGGGCCCAGAGUUUGGCACCAGCAGUCCCAUUCAGUGGCACAAAGCUAGAGACCCAGGUCCAUGAGUGCUGGCAAACAGUAAGCCCAGCCAAGGUGAGAGCAUGCAUGCACCAUGCUGACGGGCUAUGGCAUCCAUGCACUGUCACAUCCUACCGUCCUGCCUGCUGCACGCUUACAAGAGAAAUGGACAUUUGAUCAAUUUGCCAGGAAAUAAUUCUACCUCAAAUGGCUCUGACAACACUUCCAGAACCCUUUUUCCUGACCACAUGGCAGUUCUCUUCACCAGAGCAGCUCCCACUGCUGGACAGAGCAAGAGAUCUGUUGCCAAAGCCUAAAAGCCAUGGACAAUCAUUCUGUCACCUCUGUGGGAAGGGUGUAAAACCACCUGAGAGACAUGGAUGUUGGAACACUUGUUAUUUCUAUAGUAAUUAUUGUAAGUGACAAAUCUCUGGCUAUAUUAGUAACUGACAGAGUUCUCUUUCUGUGAGAAGGGGGAUGUUGUCAGAGGUCAUGGUAUGGCGCCAUUGCAGAAGUUCUGUGUAACUGAAUGAGUAAGCAGGUAGGUCCCUGAGACAGGCUAGAUGAAGCAGUGAUAUAGUUCUUUGUAGAGUCCAGGUCUUUUGUCACUAAAAUUGAUUGUCUCCACCUGA